CUCUCAUUGUAAACUACAGAGCCCCAGUCUGUAGUCCUGGUGGAAAUCUGUCACAGUGGAUUUGGCAGCGCGCAGGAGAGGAGCAGAGGUUUUACGCACGCUUGCGAUCAUAAGCAUUUGGCAAACUUUGUAUUAGACAGGGGAUCCUGUUCUCAUGGUGGGUCCUUCAGCUGCCUGUCGAGGAGAGCGCAGUCAAGUGCUGGCUGAUUGAAUGUCACCCCCAGUCACAAUGGAUUACGGACGGACCAUGGCUCCUCCUGUCCCUCCGCACAAGGCUACAGCAGCCCGGACAGGGCAGGCGCAGGAGCGGCUGCUGAAAUGCAUCCUGCUCGGAGACGGAGCGGUGGGCAAAACCAGCCUGGUGGUCAGCUAUACAACGAAUGGCUACCCAACCAAAUACGUCCCUACUGCAUUCGAUGACUUCUCAGCUGUGGUUCAGGUGGAUGGAAGCCCGGUUCGACUACAGUUGUGUGACACUGCAGGACAGGAUGAGUUUGACAAACUCCGCCACUUCUGCUACAGCCGGACUGACGCCUUGCUGCUCUGCUUCAGCGUGGUCAGCCCCGCCUCUUUUCAAAACGUCUGGGAGAAGUGGGUCCCUGAAAUCCGCCGCCGCUGCCCUCUCACGCCCAUCCUCCUCGUAGGUACACAGUGUGACCUGCGGCAGGAUGUCAAAGUGCUGAUUGAGCUGGCAAGGCGCAGGGAGAGGCCGGUGCUAGAGGAGGACGCCAGGGCGCUGUCAGAAAAAAUUGGGGCAGUGACGUACAUUGAGUGCUCGGCGCUGACACAAAAGAAUCUGAAGGAGGUCUUUGAUGCAGCCAUCGCUGUGGGGCUGCGACACUCUGACAGGAGAGCCAGGCGAGAGAGGAAGGUCCGCAGCACAGCCGAUAAGAUGAAGAUGCUCUCCAAGUCCUGGUGGAAGAAGUAUGUGUGCGUCCAGUAGGCAGGGAGGAUCCGAUUGGCCCGGUGACUGAUGAUAAAACUGGAACUGCUGACUUAUUGGCGGGGACUGAGUUGGAUGUAAGGACUAUUUUUACGUUCAGCUGGAUGACCCCAGAUGUGGCAGCCAGAAUGACUUUAAUUCAGCGGAGCAAUAGUUCAACAGAGGCAGUGUGCCUGCCUGAGCUGUAGAGUGGGGAUAUUUUCCAUUGUUGAUGCCUAAAAGACAGAUAGCAUAAGGCUGUAACCACUGUCUGCUCCUCAGAGCCAGUCUGAACUGUUAAAUAUGACUGUGACCAGCAUUCAACCAAAAAUUAUGGAGCUAAUAAAGUUUUAUGGCGCAUGGACUGCAUAUCAUACUGGACGUGUCCAAAGGAAAUGUGAGCUGAUUUAGAGGGGAGGUGUUCAGACGGUGAUGUUAUGUACUAAAAGUAUACUCUCCCUGUUUGUCUGAUUUGAUACCCUUCUUUAACUAAAUAUAUUAUUUCCUGUGUUAUACACUGUAAUUAAGCCCCCAACACAUCUGAUAGAUCAUUUUUAUUUUACUGAAAUCAGAAUAUAAAGUUAAUAUGAGCUGCUCAGCUUAAACCCCCAAUCGAAGAUGCAAUAAUUUUACUGUUGAAAGUCAAAGCCAGUCGUGCACCUUGUAUUUUGAAUGAGAACUUGUUCAACUAAUUCUCUUUCGGAUUACAAUCAAAUGUAAAUGAGUAUAAAUUCUUCUUAAAUCUAUUAAGUUCUGGGGAUGUGAAACUGUGGGUUGAACAUGUUGUAGUCCAGCCAUUCAGUUCUGUAUAACUGCAAGCUGGUGCAGGGAUUUCUCUACUGUGCCACAUUUUGAAGUGUUGAUACAGCUGCCACACAGCUAGAGGUCUGCAAGCUCCUCACCAAUACACACUUACUACGGUCGAUUGAUGCUACAAAACAUGGAAGGUUUAGAAGUUUCAGUCAUUCACUUUGACUGAAAAGCUUCAUUUAAGUGUAAAAUAAAGCCUGUUUGAUAGUAUUUAGAGCUUAACUAAUACAAGGUUGCAGCAAUAAGUUGGGUGGUACCACUGUACAUUGCACUUAUCACAGACAGUCUAAACACAUCACUGAAGACUUGCCAUGCAAUGGCCUUUGGACCAGUGGUGUGAAUUAGAUAUAGAGCAGGUAAAUGCGUCUGUGGUGCUUGAGAUUUGGGUUUACUCAGAGUCACUGGAACCGAUCUGCAUGUUCCCUGCACCACUGGUUUGGAUGAUCACAGGGUCAGUCAUUGUACUCAGAGCCUUAAACAGAUAAUUACCAGUCUUUGUCGGUCAGUAUAUCGGAGCUCUCUCCUCUUUUUGAAAUGAUACAGUAAAUGAGGUGAAAUCACCAAAGAGAUUGAUUCUAUGUUUGCUUCUUAUUUUUCAGAAGCCUGUCAUUCAGCUCUGUCUAUUUAUCUGUUCCUUCUGGGCCAAUAACUGAUCAACAGCAAUAAAGAGCAGAUGCAUGGAAUAUUUUAUGUCAUUAUGUAUGUUACAUAGUAAUCAUUUAUGAUGUUUGUAAUGUCAUCAGGAUAAAUCUGUGUGUACAUAUAUAAGCGACUCAGUCAUUGGCUGUGCUGUCCAACUCUAAAUGGUACUUAACAUUAUGAGUGUUUCAGUUGGUGUCUGAGAGCAGUUUGUUGAGCUGUAUGAGCGGAACAAAAUAAAAUGUGAAAUAUUUAA